AAAAACAUAAAUCUUACUCAAUUUUAUUUUAUUACAUUUUAGUUUUAAAAUCAAGCAGAUCCGAAAUAAAAUAAGUAAAAAAUGUCAGCAAUGAGAGAAAGACGUGCCAAUGCUGGCAAUAAAAUGGCAAAACUAUUAAAUGAAGAAGAAGAGGAUGACUUUUAUAAAACAACAUACGGUGGUUUCGAAGAAACUGAACAAGACAAUGAUUACAUGGAAGAAGAUGAAGGUGAAGAUGAAGUAGAUUCUGACUUCAGUAUUGAUGAGAAUGACGAACCAGUUUCGGAUCAAGAACAAGAUGGUCCAAAAAAAAAACGACAAGUCAUGACAAAGGCGUACAAAGAACCAAAACAAAUAACUGCUAAACUAGUAUUAACGCCUAAAGAAAGAAAGCCCAAACACAAUUUACCAAGGCAAAAUAGAAUUUUCAAUGAUAGUACAGAACGAAAGUCAAUUCGAAGAUCAACAGCAGCUAAAUCAGCGGAAACUUUAAAACGAAUGCAGGAGCGAAAUGAAGAUCAAAGAAAAAAACCGAAAAUUAUUAGAACCAAUGAUUGGAAACCAACACAAGAAGAACUGUUAGAAGAAGCAUUAGAAACUGAAAAAAUUAAUCUGAAAUCAUUGGAAAAAUAUCAAAAGUUGGAAAGUGAAAAGAAAAAUACAAGAGCUGUGAGAAAAACAAACUUACAACCAAUGAUUCGUUAUCAGUCUUUGGCUAUGCCUGUCAUGAUUUUAUCAGAAGAAAAACGCAUUGAUGAAGAAUCAAAUAUUGAUGAAAAAUUAAAUAAUGUUACUGAAGAAUCAACACAUAAUUCAAAUGACACAUAUAGAAUGUGUUCUACACCAGAGGAUAUUGAUGCGUUAUCUGUACAAAAUACAAAUUCUGAGCACAAAAAAACAAAAAAAAAAACAAUUACUGGUGAAAAAACUGGUGAAUUUUAUGAAAGAACUUUUAUAACAUUCGAAAAUGCUAAAUUAUUUUCAAGAGCAUUCAAAACAAAGCCUCAACCAAGGCCAACAUUAAUGGCUCUUUGUGCAAUCACAAGACUGCCGGCAAAGUAUCUUGAUCCCGUGACUAAUUUGCCAUACCGAAAUAUACAAACUUUCCGAUUACUUCGUGAAGCAUAUUAUCGUCAGCUUGAGUCACGUGCUGAAAAUACUGAUAAUAACCCAGAGUUGACAAGAUGGAUCGAAUGGAGAUUAAAAAAUCAACAAAGUACUACGUUGAGAAAUACUAUUCGUCUUGAACCAGCAUCAGCAUAUUCGAUCUCCUAGCUUGAGGAUAUUUUGAAAAAAUCAGGCUCAUCAGAACCACAAAAACCAUCUGAUCAUCCAUUAUCGUGCUACCUUGUUCUACUUAAUUAAAAAUUAAUAAAUUAUUAUAUAUUAUUGAUACGCCAAUGCUUUACAAUAAUAUAGAGGAAUAGAAACAAGAAGUUGAAUUUGGAUAAUUUUUUUAAUGAUGUUUUCCUCGUAUCAAUAAAAUUUCAAUAACCAUUCAUAUUUUUAUUUUUUUUUGUUAAUAAUAUUAUAUUUUUUUAAAACAAAAUCAAGAAAUAAAAUGGUUUAAAGAGCUGAUAAUUGACUUAGUCAAUUUCUUAAUAUCAUCUUCUUUUCCUAAUAUCGUUUUUUAUAUUUAUAUUUACUUUCACUUGUUUUAAAGACGUAGAAAUUCUAUGAUUUUUCCAUUGUCAUAUUGGUGUACUUAUACUCAUCAAAAAAUAAAUUAAAAACUAAAGUUAUUCCAUUAAGCUGAACUAUUAAACUUACGCAUAAUGUUUUAUUUUUUUACCUUCUAUUUUCAUAAUAUUCUUUUCAAUGAUUGAACCAAGAUAAUGCAAUUUAUUUUCAAAUGUAUUAUUUUUUACUUCGAGGUAAAAAACAAUUUUUCAAGUAUUAUAAGUUAGUUAUCUUACGUGCACUGCCAAAAGUGAAUUAAAUAUUCACUUUUUGAGUUUUUUUUUUCUUUAUUUGAAAACUUCUGAAAGGAACUGCAGUUUUCUUUGUUUUUUUUUCUUUUUGCGUCGAAUAAAAUGUUAAAGAAUUAUUCAAUAUAGAUUAUAAUAUAUAUUUUUUUAAAAUAUAUCUAUCUUAUUUAUAUAUUUUUUAUUUGCAGAGCUUUUACAUGAAAAGCUUCUUGUAAUAAAAACAAUGUAAUUCAAAAUCAUAAUAGAAUCAAUGCUUGUAACAUAUAGGAAUUUUCAUCAUAUAACAAACUUGCAUGAGUACGCGACAUUUUUUUUUUUGUAAAUUUUCUCUAAUUAUUUACUUUUAAUUUUUUUUAAAUCAGUAGCCGUUAUAUUCUAUUUUGAUGAAUUAUUUCAAAUUUACUAAAAAUUAUUUACCUGUGAGUAAUUAUUAAUUAUUUUUUUGAUAUAAUUCUCCUUCACUGUAUAUAUUUUUUCAUUAUUUGCAGCUUGCAGUGUCAUGCGUUUUCGUAACAUCAAAGAUCCAGUUAAAUUUUUUUUCUAUGUUUAUUUAAGUUUUUAAAAUCUGCACCGAUAUAAUUUUUUUUUAAUUUAUUUUAUUUUCUUGAUUAUUAUAUUUCAAUUACAAAUUUGCUUACAUAAGUCACGGUCACACUAUGCGUAGAGACUAAUGUAUAUAUGUAUUACAAAGAAGCAGUAAUACAACAUUUAACUAUAGUAAUAACAUAAUAUAUUUUAUGUAUCGUGUAGAUUUUAAUAUUUUUAUUUAUUUAUUUAUUAAUAUUAUUUAUUUUUUAUUUUUGUGUACGAAUAUUUUUCGGUGUGAAUUUUUUUUUUUUUUUUUAUCAAAAAACCAUUAACAAAAAUUUAAUUUUUAAUGAAAUUUAUAUGGUACAAUGAAUUCAACAAGCACUAUUUAUUUUAAAAACAUUUGUUAAAAUUAUUAUUAUUAUACUUUAGAUCACCCUAAAUCUUGAGGAUUUUCAGUUUAUUGUUUUUUUUUUAAAUGACUUGAACUAUUAAUCUUCCAUAUUGGUUUAUUUUUCUGGGUGAUGCAAAUGUGUGCUUGUGUGUAUUUUUUUUUUUUUUUUGUUAUGUG